UCUACCUCUCUUUGUACCCCUGUUUCUACUGGACCUCUUUCUUCUCAUUGCUUCCUCCUUCUAUUUCUCCCUCCAUACACCUCUCUCCCCUCCCUGCUCUUCUUGCUUAUUUUCCCCCAGCUGUCUCUCCUCUCCUCGUCUCUCUCUCUCUCUCUCUCUCUCUCUCUCUCUCUCUCUGUUUUUUCUGUGGGCUUCUGUCCCCUUCUUGCUGCCAAGCUGGAUUUCCUGCAGGUGAAGCAUCUGAAGAGGAAGAGGAAGAGCAACUACAGUGUGAGAGAAACACAGACUCUAAUCAGGGAGAUCCACAAGAGGAGGGACGUGUUGUUUUCCAGACAGCAGAACACAGCCAUUAAUGAGCUAAAGAGACAGGCAUGGGAGGAAGUGGCACGAGGUGUCAAUUCACUGGGGGAGGGAGAGCUGCGCACUGCUGCUGAGGUAAAGCGUCGUUACCUGGACUGGCGUGCACUGAUGAAGAGAAAACAGCUUCAGGCUGAGCUCUCACUCUCCUCCUCCUCAUCCUCAUCUGUGGCCCUGAAGACCGAGUAUGAUCAGUCUUCCUCCCCUGAGCACGAGGAAGCUUCUCUGGGAUCUGGAUGUGACCAGCUGCUUGACCUCUCGGGUUUCCCAAAGGACUGUCACUGCGACUGGCCGGAGCUGGCGGCUCUCAGUGAACCGAGUGGGCAGGCCACGAUGGCACCGCCAGGUGUGAAGAUGGAAGAUGACAUUGCUGAAUACAGACUGGAUGGUGAUGGUGAUGUGGGAGAUGGAGAAAUAGAUGAAGAUGAUAUUCCGUCCCUCCUCAGCGACAUCGAGUCACGUGGCGAGGGGCAUGUUGGUGAUGUUUACUCCCACAACGACUUGGGCAUGCUCAACUCCUCCAAGGCUCCGACCUUCACUAGAGACCUGUCACUUUCUGGAGGCCUGAUGGGAAUGCCAGCCCAUGCUUUGGGUGGAAUAACCAAUCAUGAAAACAUGGGAGCUGGCUUUCUGGUUGCUGUAGAAAAACAGCGACUGGAGCUGGAAAAACAGCGCCUGGCUGUGGAAACUGAACGCCUGGCAGUGGAGAAAGAGCGGCUGGCGGUGGAGAAGGAGCGUCUUCGUCAGAUGGAGGUAGAGAGGGAAAGACUGCAGCUGGACAGAGAGAGGUUACAGGUGGAGAGGGAGAGGCUGAAGCUUCUGCUCCUCAGCCAAUCAGAGCGCGUCGACUCCUCCUUUAACCUGCCGCCACAACAAGGCCCGCCCUCGUCGUCUACGUCUGCUUUAUCCUCCACUCAUGAUGGACAGAGGGAGAGAGAGAAAGAAAGUAAAGGCUGGAUGUCAGUGGUGGACCGGGAGACAGAAAGGCUGAAACUGGAGAAGGAGAGACUGCAGUUGGAGAAGGAGAGACUGCAGUUCUUCAAAUUUGAGGCUGGCAGACUGCAGAUUGAGAGAGAACGCCUCCAAGUUGAGAAAGAGAGAAUGCAGCUGCACAAAGAUCAUCAGGGCCACUGAGAGAAAGACUCAUAAGAGAAAGAGGACAGUUGAAAGUGUUGAAUACAUUGGAUUUUUACCAGCUUCCGGGGGAACUUUUAAUACUGAAAACAACCCGGAAUAUGUGGAUUUGGAUCAGCAGCAGCUGCUCCCUUGUCAAGUUUGCCACACACGUGUCCUUCAGGAAGGUGUGAGGCACUUUAAUGAUCAUUGGAAUUUGGCCCAGGAGAAGACUGAGAUGGAGGGCUGGCAUAUUUAUGACCAUUGUGAUAAAGCAGUGCCUUAUGAUGUCUUCAUAAAAUGGGUGACAGGAGAAAAAAUAUGCGUGUUUGGCACACACAGCUGGUUAGCCCUUAACAUAUCUGAUUUAUAAAAUGUGACAAGUUUUAACAACUGUUCAGAGCUCCAUCCAAAUUACACUAAUGCACAAAAUGUGCAGUAUAAAAUGUUGACUGUUGGAGUAUCAGUGCAACACUUUCUUACUAGUGUAGAAAUGUUUUAUAAUGAUAUAUAUAUAUGAAAGAAUAUAAUCAUUGUCUUCUUAUACAUUUAUGCACAAGAUCAGUGCUAAUUCAUCUACUGCAUGGGAGCUCAAAAGCACACAGCUGUUACUUUUACAGAGAGAGAUUUUUAUGCUCUUAAUGUUUUGCUGUCAAGUGCUUGUGUCGAAAUAUUGUUUACAUAGUAAUGCUUGUGACGUACAUGUUCACAAAUUUUAUACUAAUGUUUUACCUUUUAGACCCUUUUUUCUUACAGACAUUUUGAGAACCGGUGGGUUACUAAUAACAGUAAGAAUCAGAGUGGAAUUCACCAUUUUAUUAUUCACAUCUGUGCUUUUCUUACUGCGACAUGGAUAAAUGUCUUCUGCAAAAUAAGGCCUAUUAAGAUGUUUUGUUAUUAAGAUUUGUGGACUUGGAAAAGAGCCUGAACAUCUGUGAUGAGCUACUGCAUGCCAGAAAAAUGUAUGUGAAAUGUUCCUUUAAUGUCUUAAAUUUUAAGUUCUGUUGUGCUGCAAAUACUGCAAAGUGUUUCUGGCUAAAACUAUAUUCUGCUACUGUGUGCUGAAGGUUAUGUUGUGCAACAAAAUUAAACAUAUCAAACACAAAUAUACUACCGGUGCUUGUUGGUUAUGUUGUAAACAAUCACUCCUUUUUAUUUGUUGUUGAGUUAAAAAACCUGAUACAAAGUCACAUGACCUGGAACGCAGCCCUGUUUGAUUAUUUUCUUUUAUUAUAAUUCCAUUGCUGAUGGACCUAUGUGUUUUUAUACAUAUAUUUUAUAAUUCUUACUCAGUACAUGUGCCUCUGUGUCAAUAAGGUUGCAAAUAAAGUUUGUUGAGGAAAAGAAA